UAUAGACUUCUUGAGCCGCACUCAUGGGACUAAAAAAAAUUAGGGUUUUGAAAAAGGUGGCGCGGGAAGGAGAGGAGAGGAGAGAAAACUCUAGUAGAACUUCCAAGCAUCGAGUUUCUUCGCACUCCUGUCUCUAGCAGUAAUACCCUUUUCAAUCUCAAAGCUUACGCAGACCCAUCGUUCCAAACCCUAGACGCAACCAAGCCAUGAACAAGACCACCCAAAAAAUCCCCCUUUUCCCAUUCCAAUGCAAUCCUCUUACCCUUUUAUUCUUCCCGACAAGCUCUCCUCUUUCCUUAAAGGAAGCCAAGCAGCCGAUCCCAGGGCAGUUCACUGCGUCGCCUUCAAACUCGGCUGCAUCCAUUCUUCUAUUUUCCUCUCAAACAAUAUCCUUCAUGCAUAUGGGUCAAGUUCUGUCACAUAUGCACACCAACUAUUCAACGAAAUACCCCACCCAAAUGCCGUCACUUGGUCCAUAAUGAACUCGACUUACUCUCAUAUGUGCAGGAUCAAAGAUAUAAUUCUACUUUUUGGGAGAAUGCUGAGCUUGAGGAUUUCACCUAACAACUUUGUGUUUGGUAGCAUUUUUACUGGUUGUACUCAUGGAAGAGAUUUACAAACUGGGAUUCAAAUUCAUGGCAGCGCUCUCAAAAUCGGCUUUACCCAACAUACAUUUGUAGCUGGCACCAUGAUUGAUAUGUAUGCGAGGUGUGGUAAAGUAGAGGAGUCGUGGAGAAUUUUCUAUGAGACUGCAGAGAAAGAUGUGGUGACUUGGACUACCAUGUUCACCUGCUUGGCAAAUUGCUACCCACAUGAAUGUCCAGUGUCGGUCUUUAGGCUAUUCAGGGAGAUGAUUUCUGGUGGAAUUUGGCCCGUAGGGAUGACGUUUGUGAGUGUCUUCAAGGUUUUUGAUGAGCCUGACAAGCUUAGACAAGCAACCCAAGUGCAUGGAUGCAUGAUUAAGCUUGAUAUUGAAUUAGAUACUCCUUUGGGGUCAGCACUUAUUGCAAUGUAUGGAAGAUGUGGAGAGAUGAGAGAAGCAGUUAUAGUCUUUGACAGGAUUGAUCAUGAUGCUGUCUCGCGGACUUCACUGCUGGUGGCUUACAUGCAGAAUGCUUACUAUAAAAAUGCAAUAUUAUUGUUCAAGAAAAUGAUAGAAGAAAAGAUGGAAAUUGAUCCAUUUGUUGUUACAUGCAUGAUAGGGGUUUUGUCAGCCUUGGAGGAUAUCGGCAAGGGUAAAGAAGUUCAUGCUUAUGUCAUUAGAAAUAAUUUCUUUUCAGAUGUUUCAGUUGGCAAUUCACUUAUAACGCUCUAUGGAAGAUGCAGGGAAACUAAAAUGGCUGAGAAACUGUUUCAGUUAAUGAAUUUUAGGGAUGUUAUUUCAUGGACUGCAAUGAUGACUUGCUAUAGUCAAAAUGAACUUGGAAGAGAAACAUUCUUAUUGUUCCUUCAUAUACUGCGCGAAGGGCAAAGCCCACCAAUAUUUUGCAUCACCAGUGCAAUCCGUGCUUGUUCUACAUUGUCAAGCCUUCCUUCAGGAGAACAGUUACAUGGAAGGAUUGUAAAAAUGGGGUUGGAUGCUAGCCUAUUUGUUGCAAACUCUCUUAUAACCAUGUAUGCUAAGUGUGGAAGCAUAAACUCUGCAUUUACAUUCUUUAAUUACUUGAAUGAAAGAGAUAUUGUCUCUUGGAAUGCAAUGAUCAUGGGAUUUUCACAGCAUGGUUUUGUGAAAAAGGCUUUAUAUUUGUUCAGUGAGAUGCAGAAGUCAGGCAUUAAGCCCGACGAAUUCACUUUCAUCGGUAUUCUUGCCUCUUUUAGCCGAGUCGGGCUGGUUGCUGCGGGUUGGGAGUACUUCAAUAUGAUGACUGAACAUUAUGGAUUGGAGCACAGGAUGGAACAUUAUGGUUGCAUGGUUGAUCUCCUUGGCCGUUCUAAUAAGCUUAGUGAGGCUUUGGACUUCAUUUAUGCCAUGCCAGUUGAGCCAGACAACAUUGUUUGGGAAACUUUGCUUGCUUCAUGUAAAGUCCACGGUGAUGCAGAACUAGUUAAGUGUAUUGCAAAAAGGAUUUUAGAAAUGAAACCAGAAGAUGCUUCACCUUACAUUACUUUUUCUACUAUAGAUACUUUUACGGGUAUUUGGGAUGGUAAAACUUUCAUUCGAGAUAAGGUGAAAAGUCAAGGAUUAUCAAAGGAACCAGGGAAAAGCUGGGUUGAUACCCAUAUAUCUUCGUAAGAAUGUCGCGUGGCUGCACAUAAUACUCUUCUGGAGACUUGAAGUGAAGCAUGUUCCUUUUCAUUUUAUGAUGGCCUUGUUUUGGAGACACCUUUUAAUAAGGUGAUGACUUAUGCUCGUUAUCUGGUGAUGAUCUUGCGAACACAUUUGCAAAGGUUCAUUUAUCUCUAACACAUCUUUUUUUUCAUGUAAAGGCCUCUGCUUUAUGUAUGAGAGGUUGCUUAAAGCAUACUGUGCUUAGUGUCUUUCUCUUUGGCUACAAUCCUUUUGAAGGAAAAAGAAAGCACUAUGACUUGUAUUUUCUAAUGUAUACUCGGAUGGAUUCUUCUUUUACGGGUUCAUCCAUGACAUUUGUUACUUGCACAUAC